CUGAAAACUACAUGUUUGCACAAGUUUACUAUAAUGUGAUUUUAAGGGCAAACAACUGUAUUGUCCGUUAUUGAAUAUCAACUUAGUGUUUGAGAGGUAAAGCUUUAUAUGCCAUAGCUUGUACUAGUUGUAAUGUGUAUUGACAGGGAAUGGGUGGAUUUAAGGAAUGAGAAAACUUUACUAUAGGACUAUGCGGAUUUGUGCGGGUGUAUGGGCAGGUUCGAUAAUGGGGCCCCCGUCGGCAGGGAGGGGUCAGUGGUUGAGAUGGCUCAUGUCCCUAAGCCUGUUUAUGCUGUGUGUGAUGAUGUACAUCGCCUUCUCCAACAUGAGUCUCCCUCCUGUCAUACAGAUGGGAAUCAGUGACUGGGCACCGUACAGGACACACCCUCUCAAGGACAAGGGUUGGUUUGAAAGAACAUGUCUACAGGGGACAGGGCCACUUGGACUAGAGGGCAUUCCAGAUGUUAUAGUAGACUGGCGCCACUCCAAACAUGUGGAAUGCAGGGACCUAUACCUGACGUUCAUCAAGUUGCUAGAAGUUCGCCAGGAGGAGGGAUCUGUCGACCUUCCCGACCCCUUCAAGGUCAAGGUCAGGUCCUGGCUUGCCAACGACAACAGUCUCUUUCAGCACAUAUAUGAUCAGAGAAUGGUGUUUAUCCGAAACAAGUACACUCGAGAAGAGAAUGUGUUCAAUCCCCUCAGGAGUAAACGUCCCUUGCCUAAACUAGAAAAGCCAGAGAGACAGUACAUCGAGGAACUAUCCACCCAGACAAAAGAGGGAUGUGACUUCUGUCGUUACCACGAGUACACGGCACGUGACUCCCUGGGACGAGUAGAAGGCCUGCACUCAUUCACGGCAGCCAACACGUUCAAGCUGGACCGCUGGCAUGACCUUGUACUGCUGAAAAAGCAUGACCCAAUCAACUGGACCCAAGAAGAGUUCCUUGAUCUCAUGGAAACACUCUUAAAGUGGUUUGAGAAGGUGAACCAGGCGGACCAAAACUAUGUCUACCCAUCGGCCAUAUGGGACCUGCUACCCCACGCCGGGGCCUCUCAGGUCCAUCCCCACUUACAUAGCUUCAUGGACAAAGAAAGAUACCAGGGCUUCCAGGACCAGUGGCGUGAGGCAGCCAUGCGUUACAGCGGUGACUUCCCCAAGCGGAACUACUUCUCUGAUCUCAUUCAGCUACAUGCCAUCAUGGGGCUUACCGUGCAGUACGGGUCAGCAGUUGCCUUUGCUAACAUUGUUCCAAAGAAGGACAAUGAGAUGGUGAUUGUGAGUGAGCGGGCGGACAGAGACUUCUUCCUGCUCUGGUACUUCGUUCUCAGAGGUUUCCUAGAUGACAUGCAGAAUGGGACAAUGUGCUUCAGCUCAGGGGCAGCCUUCCCAAGCAUGACCGGUGACACAAGCAGUCAGUCUCUGCCGGCGUACGUUCGCAUCAUCACACGUGGGAUUGUGUCAGACAACCGAGCAGAUAUCAGCUCUCUCGAGCUCUUUACUACACCUAAUGCAAACACAGAUCCAUUCCAUGUGAUCAGUGUGAUGAAGGAGUCUGUACAUAAACGAUCGCCUAGCGGGAAAACUUGAUGUCAUAUUGUUUGCAGUUUAGAUGGACAGACAUGCUGGACAUGUGUGCACCUAACUCAAACUGGGAUAUACUGAAGGAGGAAUAACUGCUACAUUUAUCUCUAUACGAUACUCAAUGAUGUGCCUUAUGACUUAUCGUUUGACAGACCGUCCACAAUGAGUGGUGCAAUAUGUUAUACAUUUUUUAAUGUUUGUCAUGAUAUUCUUAGAAGUUGAUAGCAUUGCCACAGGAGGAUGACAGUGUAAACAUAUGAGUCAUAUAUUUUGGUACCCAGUAAAUACUCAUAAUAUUUAUUUGGAGCUUAAAAUGGUAAAGAAGAGAAAUUGGAAAAUAUCAUAACUGUGGGGUUUGUGAAUUUUACUGUCUGUCCACAUUUUUUUUAUUUCAUUUCUGUUCUUUUAUAAGUUUACAAUAACAUCUGAUUUUAUUUAUAACUCUUUUGUAUAUGAUAUUACUUUUUACAAUUAUUGUCUUAUACGGAGUUUCUGCUGUUGAAACCCAAUCAACAAUUUGCUCAAUUUAAUUUAAUUAUUGAUGAUCUAUAUACUAGUCUAAAGUCACUGCCAACUUGUAAUUCAGAUUAUGGGCUACCGAUUGCAAAUGAACUUAGAGUUCAAGUCUGUGGUGCACUGAUUAAUCAUGGCUUUAAAUCUGCCUAAAUAUAGCAAGUGAGUUUGAAAUAAUGUGCAACAUGUUUAAGCCAGUCAAUAAACUCUAACAUCGGAAGAAACUGAUUGCAGGCUUUAGCGAUUUUGCUUAUUUUUUACAUAUCACCAUGAGCUAGCUACUAAAGGCGCAGGCUCAUGGCCCUAAAGGCAUUCGUACAUGUACAGUUUACAUUAGUUAUACAUCAACUGGUCAAUUAAAUCAUAGCUUUUGAUAAGGCUCAUAAUGUCUGCAUGUUUACAGAAAAAUCUCUGAAGCGGUACAAAUUAACUGGUGCAUCAUUGCAAAAUGACAUUAGGCUGAUUGUUCAGAACCUUGUUGUUAAUUUUAACAACAUGUUAAACAACAUCGUUGUUAACUUCAGAACAUUAAAUAUGUGUGGAUGUACUCACAUAUUCAAAUAUAAACAAGUACAGCUGAAACAGUUGUCUCUAAUCUUGUUAGAAAUACAGCCAAUCACAAGUGUAUCUGUUAAACUUCCACAGCAAUAAGUUGAAUGUCAACAGCGAUGACAUAAAUAACUUUGUUAACACUGUUUGAAUAAUCGGCCCAAUGUGAACUUGAUCUUAAUAACUGAUUGACAAGAACGCUUUGCUAAGUUCAUUUGCAAACAAUAGUAGAAUAGGACAUGGAGUGAGUUUAUUGGAAAACAGUUCUGAUGUUGCACAACAUGACAUCAUUACCAUCAACCUAGACAAGGAUGUUGUUGUGCUACUGUUGUGUUUGUGGUGCUUAUGUUGUGUAUGCUCCCUCCAUGCAACUGUGUUGUGAUUUAUCUUUAUAUUUACUGCUGUAAACAUAUUCUGCUGUUGUCAUAAGCAAUAAUGUUUUAAUAUAACUACCUGGUAUGUGCCUUUAAAAGUUUAAUGUAAAAGUGUAUUGAGUGUGCCAUUAUUAGUUUAAUGUAACGGAAGUGGUGUAUGGAGUGUGCCUUACUUUAGAACAAUAUGAUGCCAAACCAUUUAAUUCAUUGUAAGGUAAAUAAAGUAAGCUUUUGUUGUUUACCAUUAGCCAUAUUAUUCAGAAAACAAGGCAUAUGCUAUUAAUGUUAAAACAACGGUACUAGUAUUUGUAAGAUUUCUAUUAGACCAUUUUCAAUUGUAACAUUUUUCAACAUCUUCUUAGUCAGUUAGUGCUUUUAGUAUUCGCCAUCUGUCCAUUCAUAUCAUUUAUGUCUAUCUUAAUACUUCAGAAAAAUGAAAAUUAUGAAAGAUAUCAACUUCAAUCUUCAUACAAUCACUCGCAUUACCAAAAGAAUUCUUUUUGACAAGUAAUAUAACUCAGACAUAAAUAUUGGCACGUACAUUUGAUUUAUCAAAUUAACAAUUUUAUUAACUUUUCGUGGUAACUUAAAAAGUUUUGGACAGAAUGAAAUGAUAUUAAGAAGCAUCCAUAAGUCAUAUUGCAUAUAUUUAUAUAUAUAUAUGUCAUACCAAAAGCAAAGGCUUGCUUACUUACAUAUUUUUAGAAUUUGUUGAAUAAAAUUUUGAAUUGUAUGACAACCCUUGACAGAUCCUAUACUGUAUAUAAUAUAUCUAUGUCGAAAUCUCAAUAUUAUUUUGAUAUUUAUAUUUUGAUUGUUUAUUUUACACUUUCUAGUAUUAUUGAUGUUUUAUGACUUCGUUGUUUUUGGAGUGUUUGUUCAUUCAAUUACAAGAAUAUAUUUGUUUUUCCAAGUUAAGUAAUUUACGAGUUGUGUUUUGUAAUGAAGAUGUUGCUUUACAAUUAAGUAUACAUAAAACCAUACUAUAUAUUGUUGUAUAUGUGAAGGUAUUGAAAUUUGGAAUUUGUCUCUACCAUUUAUUUUGAUGUAAGAAAUGGGAAUAAAGUUUUACAAAAACUGUCUGUUCUUUUUAUGUUUUGACUGAUGUUAACACGAAGAUUGGACCACAUGCUCCAUGGACAUAUGAGAUGUGCAUGUAAUAUGUGUUAAGUUACAGAAGGCUGAGACCCCAUGUGUUUAUGCAAUCUUUAUCAUAUAGUUUUAUUUCUUACGUUAGCCCGAGUUAUCCUGAACUUAAUACCUAUACACACUUAAUACCUAUAUACACUUAAUACCUAUACAUAUACACACUUAAUACCUAUACAUAUACACACUUAAUACCUAUACAUAUACACACUUAAUACCUAUACAUAUACACACUUAAUACCUAUACAUAUACACACUUAAUACCUAUACAUAUACACACUUAAUACCUAUACAUAUACACACUUAAUACCUAUACAUAUACACACUUAAUACCUAUACAUAUACACACUUAAUACCUAUACAUAUACACACUUAAUACCUAUACAUAUACACACUUAAUACCUAUACAUAUACACACUUAAUACCUAUACACACUUAAUACCUAUACACACUUAAUACCUCUGUCUGUCCAUCUGACUUCCUGUCUAUCCACAUUUUUUUUUGAUUUUCGUAAUAAACUUAAAUGAUAUCU